AUGAUGAACGAGCCUCCGUCUCUGAUUACGUCGCUUCCCGAUGACGUCCUCCUUGACAUCUUAGCACGUGUACCAAGAUGCAACUAUCCAACGCUCUCCCUAGUUUCUAAGCACUUCAGAUCACUCGUUGUGUCACGUGAGAUAUACUCGAGAAGAUUUUUGUUGAGUUGCACAGAGAACUUUUUAUACGUUUUAGUCAAAGGGAUCCUUAGAGACCGUUUGUAUAUCCUUCACCAGAAAGCCAGCUUGGUCCAUAUCUCUUCCAUUUCGGAUAUGCCUGACUGUGAAAGCUUUGUGGGGGUGGGUUCGAGGAUAUAUAUGUUUGGUGGAAUCUUUUACACCUCGUCCAAAGCUUUUAGCAUUGAUUGUAGAUCUCACACGGUGCAACCCAUCCCCGACAUGCCUAUACCCAUGAGUUGUACAGUUGCUGACGUUAUGGACAGCAAAAUUUACGUGUUUGGCUACUGCAGUGUGAAGUCAAUGGUGAUGGUGGUGUUCGAUACAAGAACACAAAUGUGGGAGUCUGGAUUAAUAAAGCCAGAUAUUGUGGCAAUGUCGACGUGGGAGGUUGGUUGUAUGGUGGUGAUGGCUGAUAAGAUUUACAUUAACGAUAAUUGGAAAAGCUAUGUUUACGUGCCAAAGGAAAGUAAGUGGGAGACAGAUGAGAUGCUGGAUUCUAAGACCUGGGAUGAUAACCCAUGCGUCGUCGAUGACGUAUUGUACUACUACGAUUGUUUCCGGAACUGUUUAAGAGCGUAUGAUCCAAAGGACAAGUGCUGGGGGGUGGUGAGAGGUUUGGAAGAGUUGUUGCCUGAAAUAUGGUCAGACUCAGACACUGUGUGUUUCGGUCGGAACCUGGCUUUGUAUUUUUGUAAAACAGAAGAAGAACAUGAGAGUAGAACAAGUAAGAUUUGGUGCGCAGAGAUUUCACUGGAAAGACGCCAAGGAAUGAUUUGGGGUAAAGUUGAGUGGUGCGAUCAGUUGGCAUUGGAGAUAAGACAAGCCGUUACUACCUUCUCAUUCAUACCUCAAGAGUAUGAAGUCAAUGGUGAUGGUGGUGUUCAAUACGAAAACACAUAUGUGGGACAGUGGGAGCUUGGAUUAAUUAAGACAGACAUUUCGCUAGAGACAUGGGAGCUUGUUUCUAUGGUGGUGAUGGCUGAUAAGAUUUACAUUAGGUCUGAUCUGAAUAGCUUUUUCUACACGCCAACGGAAAGUAAAUGA